AUAGCCGCUUACAGACAGGAGAGACCCUCGUGGCACACACCCUGGGAAUGCAGCUCCCUUUCCCAGAAAACCCUACCUACACAGGACGGUAGCAGCACCGCAUUCGAUCAUUGGAUAGCAAAAACGUGGUGAGGUCUGAUAUGCAUACAUGCUGACAGCAGGAAUACCACGUUUCUAAGGGAAUUUCCGCAAUUAAAAGAUACAGAAUCAUAGAACCACAUAGAACCACAGAAUCACAGAAUAGUUCGGGUUGGAAGAGACCGUAAAGAUCACCCAGUUCCAACCCCCUGUCACGGGCAGGGACACCUCCCACUGAAUCAGGCUGCCCAAGGCUCCAUUCAGCCAGGCCUUAAACACCUCCAGGGAUGGGGCAGCCACAGCUUCCCUUGGGCACUCUCAUAGUGAAGAAAUUCCUCCUUAGGUCUAACCUAAAUCUGCCCCUCUACGGUUUAUACCCAUUGCCCUUGGUCCUAUCACUGCAAGCCUUUGUCAACAGCCCCUCCCCAGCUUUCUUGUAGCCCCUUCAGGUACUGGAAGGUCACCAUAAGUCUCCCUGAAAACCUUUUCUCCAGGCUGAACAGGCCCAACUCUCUCAGCCUGUCCUCAUAUGGAAGGUGCUCCAGCCCUCUGAUCAUCCUUGUAGCCCUCCUCUGGACCUGUUCCACCAGCUCCAUGUCCUUCUUAUGCUGAAGAUUCCAGAAGGGGACACAAUACUCCAGAUAUAAUCCUACCGACCGGGGCGUGUUACCGAGGCUGCAAGCGGCGAACAUAGCGCUGCGGGUCCCUGGAAAAGAAACGCCUGACCAGACAGGAGCUACGGACAAAAAGGGACCACGGUGGGGUCGCGGCUGGCGGAGAAGCUGGGAUGGAAAUUCUACGAUGCAGAUGAUUAUCAUUCACCAGCGAACAAGAAGAAGAUGGCAGAAGGGAUACCACUAAAUGAUGAGGAUAGGAUUCCCUGGCUUUGUGCUUUGCAUGAUAUACUAAGGAGAGAAGACUCAUCUAGACAAAAUGCAAUUCUGGCCUGUUCAGCACUGAAGAAGAUGUAUAGGUGUGUAUUAGUUAGUGGAGCAUCUGCAACUGAAAGCAACCAGACAGAGCAACCAGGAGAAAAUGCAGCACUGAAGAUCCUCUUUGUUCAUUUGGAUGGUCCUAUGGAAAUCAUUGCUGGCCGCCUGGAGAAGAGGAGCGGACAUUUUAUGCCCCCUAAACUUCUCAAGUCUCAGUUUGAUAUUCUGGAGCCUCCUAGUGCACCAGAAAACUUUAUUACUCUAAGUCUAGAAAAAUCUCUCCCUGAAAUAGUGCUGGAGAUUGAGCGUGCUGUUUUUCAGGGUAAGACUUUUCUGGAGUAAGUCUCUGAAUUACACAGAAAUUCCUUUAAGGAUAUUGAGAAUAUGAAAAAGCAUUUUAAUUAUUCGAUUGAUUAUUAAAUAAAACCAACUUAUUUUUCAUUAUAAUUAAACAGACUGCAAUGUUAAGAGCUGGUUUACUACAGUUGGUAUCUUUAUCAUGGCUUUAAGACUAAUAUAAGACUAUUUUUUUCAAAAACUUUCAACUUUUUACACCCUUCACCAUAUGAAGUGAAAACUCCCAUUUUAGGAAGAGCCUGCUUUUGAAAAUCCUACCAAGGGUCACACACAAUAAUUUAAUUUCUUCAUUUUAAUUUUUACUCUAUCAAACAUGGAGAUUGCCACAUCUGCUAUUAGAUGAUUAAAUAAUUUUGAGCUUUGUUAGAAAUAAUGCAUUUAUUUUUCUAGAAGUAUAAGAGGCAGGAACAUAGAUGAUGAAGUUCUGUGCCUGACGCUACCAUGUUCUCACUGCUGGGUUUUCAAGAAGUUGUAGAUUCUAUGUUCAUGCCCUUGCUAACCUCACUGGGGCAUUGGUGACUUCCUAAGAGCUUUUUUGAACUCUUACUCUACGCAUUGAACACCAGACUUAAAAAUGUGAGGAAAAAAGGUAGUGAUGGCGAGGCAAUAUACAAAAUAUAAUUGUAUGGAAAGCAUAGAAGAGGAGCAUGAAUGGCUUCAUGCUGGCCCUGUGCUCACAUCUUUCAUGUACAAAGUCUACCCGUUGAAGGACAGCGGAGAGUGAGUCAACCAGUGACCUAAGAUACUGCAUACAAGAUUAAUAGAGGUUUACUUCUUUCAGAAAAACUUCCUCUUUCGCAGUUGGACCUUCUCCUCCACAUCCCUUUCCGGUUUUCUUUCGUCUUCCAACUCAGCCCAUGUCCAGUCCAGUACGUGCUUACAGAUAGGUGUUUAUACAACUGCUUUAAAGCUCAACAUCAAACUAUUUUUUUUGUGAUUGGAAAACUCCAAAUAUCCAAUGAGUUAUCUCACUCACAGAAUUUAAGGUUAAAAUCCUUCAUUAGUCCAAAACUGUUUUUUAAAAAAACCUUGUUAUAUACGAGGUGUUUUUUAGCUUUAGUUAAUGAAAAUUGCAGAUAGUUUCGCUUAAAAUUUGAACCACAUCCUUGUGCCAUUCCACGCAGAAUAUUUUUAUAGUGGGGCAUGCAUUUUUUUUUUUUUUUUAUUUCUAGGAAGAUAAAAUAACUGCUUUAGAAGCAAAACUCAUGUUUCAAAGCAUCUUUGGUGUAAUUUUUACCUGGAUAACAGGUCAAAAGAUGUUCACCUUGUUUCUUAUUUUGAAUAAGUAGCAAAUGGUCUGUGGUUUACUACACAAAGUACCAUGCCUAGGUCACUGCAAUAAACUGGCCUGACUGAAAGCGGGCAUUCUUAGAUACUGAUUUGGGAUUGUAGACAUUAACACAUUCACUUAGAAGUGGUCUUUUGAAGAAGCUGAUCGUUAACACCCUCAGAUUUCAAAGGCUAGGCACCUCUUCAGACCAAAUGAUUUGUCAGAACUGUGCAAGUUUAGUAGCUGUGAAAAUCAAAGAAACUGCACCCUCUUGUGGUAUGAACUCUUUGUAUUUUUCCAAUACCCGACUUUACACAGAGCUUUUCUAAUAUACCUGUUACUAAAUACAGAUUUUUUUCCUGACAUCGUACAACUACAUCAGGUCACUAUGCAGGGACGGGAAAGCGGUUGCAUGCUGUCACAAACAGAUAUGAUCAGACCUCUAAGUAUUAAAAGGCAACAAUUUCAAGCAUGAGUUCCGAAAAGGCUUUAUAGCAUCCUCACAAAGUGGCUGGCACUAACAGAAAAUUGUACUUGGCACUUAAAACCCAUGGUCUCUUAAGUACCUUGGGUUUUGGAAGCCUUUUAUAAACAGUAUGUUCUUGCAGGGAGUUCAUGCUGCUUCAUACUAGGUCUGGGUAUUUCUCACUCUUUGCUCCCAUGAUAGGAAUACUUCCUUCCCUUAACCUUUUGGUAUAUUUUGCCUUUUGCUUUCAGUUAAAGCAAAAGAAAGCAUUUCCAUAGCUCAUGUGAUUCUGAAAGGACAACAAAACAACCCUUUAAAUUAACAUGCCAUUAAUCUUCUGAGUGGCAGGUUUAUUUUUCACUACUGGAGUUCAGUACUUUAGUCUGUUAGGUUCCAAUUAGCUGGUGUUGGAAGGUUGUAAUUCCUAUCUCCGUUUCUCUUUUGCAAUCUCAGAAGAGGAGGGAGUUUGCCUCCACCUUGCUCCCAUUUCUAAGGGAGGCAGAUACAGCCAAAGAAAUUGCAGAACCUGCCCCUCUUAAUAAAUAAUUAGAAACUAAGAAGCCACUAUCUUCACCAGAAAGCACAGGUGAAAUCUUCACGAAGACGUUAGGGAGGCUUCCACCCUAAACUCUUCCUGCUUGCUUUUUAUUUAGAAAAGGAAGGUUUUGAGACCCCUGGGAAGCUUUUCAUUAGCUCCAUCUGAUGUUCAGAUCAUCUCCCCCAGCACCGGACGAGGCUGGUGUAAUUAGCUGGACUGAACUGUACUGUGGCAAUUUACUGUUUGUGAAACUUUUGCCACAGUGCCACAUCUGAAAUUUACAAUGCUAACUCCACAGAGGCUUACAGAAGGCGUUGUCUUUCUCCCCUCUACAGGGAUAGCCUCUUGGUUUCUCUCAGCCUGUUACAUGCAGCUGCAGAAAUGCCCACAGCUUAAAAAGAAUCCUGAACUUGCAUUCUGCAGGUCUGUCUGUAGGGCCCAGCUCCACGCUUUGAGACAGUUCCAGAUAAUGCAUAGAAGGUUGUUGUCAACUCAAAUGAAUUCAGUAGUCUAUUAGCUGCUAUUCUGAAAGACAACAAAGCACUACUUCUGUUCACUUAUAUCCUAUGCAUCAUAAAGUAAAAGAUUAAGGUGUCAGUUAUCCAAAUGCUAACUACAUACAACUACUCUGAUUUUAAUGAUUCUGUGUGUAUGUACAGUGGAAGGAAAAGACUACAGAAAGAUCCCUGUGCUUACGUUUCAUUUACCUGUCCAAACACAAUCCUAUUAUUUACUUUUUUUUUUAAUGAACUUGGCGCUUCAUUAGGGAUGUCGUAUUCAGGUUUGCACUUCAGCUGUCACAUUUUAGCCCCAGCCUGACCAAUUUCAGCAGCUAAAACAGCAAUUGGGCUCCCAGUUCCCUUCCUCCCAACUUGCGGGGAAAGAGUAAAGAGAAAUGAGAGGAAAAAACUUGAGGGUUGGAAGUUAAACUAGUUUUAAUGAAACAAUAAUAAUGAAGAAAAUAAUAAGAAAUACUAAAAUGCAUAAUAUACAAGUAGAUGGGCCACACAUCCACUUCUUGAUGACUAUAUAUCACCACAAAUGUUGCAGAACAGACAUGAGGGGAAAGGUCCAAGGCUAUGAGGGAGCUGGGCUCAGGAACCGGAUUCAGGGACGCACAGAUCUGGGGCAAACAGGCAGAUGAGGUCCUCACUGGACAUCAGCCAUCACAGAAGAAAGAGACUCCUGUGAUCUCUCAAGUUUAUACAGAGUAUGAUGUAUAUGGGAUGGAAUACUCUCUCAGUCAGUUUGGGAUCACCUGUCCCAUCCACUGCUCCCUGGAGAUGCAACUUUUCUUUGAUUUGCAGCACUGCACUAGCUUGAGGAUGGCCUUGGUUACUUUAGGAAUAAGCAUAAGCAAUGGCCUUUCUGUAUACCAGCACCCUGUGUUAUCACUUCUAGAGCGAAAGAGUCUGGAAAAACAUGCAGUCAACUUUCAGAAAAUGAUGUUAGUUAGAAGAGACUGAGUUGAAGUUAAAGAACCAAUCCUACUUUAGCUCAAACCAUACCAUCAGAUUAGCUAGACAGUUUAUUUAUAUUUGGAUCAGGUUAUUUGGAUGCAAGUUUUCUAUUCAUAUUUUUAAAUAAAUUUAGCAAAGGCAGCAAAAACUAGGGAGCAAACAUCUGGACUUAGAAAUUUUGUCUCUGCCGUGAGCACAAGUUAUCUGUGGAAGGUACACGCAGUACACCACAAGAAUUUCGGCUAACCACAGUCUGUACACCCUGUGUAAGUACUGUACCUGCUACAGUGUAGACAUUUUGCAAUGCUAUAAUGAGGAAAUAAAAAUGAAAUAUUACAUGCCAAUAGCAGUAUCCACUCAUGCAUGAAAUACAGGAAGGGUGUAGAGUUCUCUGCACACGUUAUCUGUACAAGCAAAGGAACAGAUCCACCUGCCUGCCAACUCAGCUCUAAAUUGAAGCAGUUAGUUUAUCAAGCAGGCACUGAAUCACCAAGGAAUUAGACAGACUGAUGGCUAUCUUGGUAUCACAUUUAAAAUAGUACUGAAACAGUGUUUGAUUUGAAUAUACGCAUUUCAAAUGUUUUAAAUGGCAUCUGCCAGUUCACACUACUAUGACUUCCAGCAUUUUUAUUUUUGAAGCAUUUACUUGCUCUAGGAGUGUUUUGAAGAUCAGGUAAGGCAGUUUUAUAGACAAUCCUACCAGAUCAUUUGGUCCAUGUGGGGAGAAAAAAAGAAAGGAAAAUGAAGAGACAAACUUCAAGCACAUGUACCCUUUUCUGGUCCAAAAGGCAAGCAGAUUUCAAACAGAAGUUAUUGAAGUGCUCAGAGUUAACUAUAAGACUGCUUCUGAAAAAAGAGGUAGAUGGUAGUUCUGAAGAGAGAACUUCUAAAAAGGACAGGAAAACAGGCAAAAGGGGUAUGGGGGUAGCACAAAAAGGAACAUUGUAGUUAUGCUUUUAAGUCAACAAGUAUGAUCUUUCCUUUAGUGGUAAAGAUACAAUAAAAAGUCUACCCUAUGUAUGAAACAUGUUCUACUUAAGGUGUUUUUAGACAAAACUGAAUUCCUCCCAUGCAAAAGAUGGCUGUGUUUUACUACUACUUACAAGAAAGGUAGUAACUGUUGUUACUAGCUAACAACAGUUAAUGAUCAAUACCCAUUGUACUUCAAGAAGGAAACUUAGUUUAACGGUUCAUUGUAGAUUUUAGGUCAAACUUCCUCUCUUGUUCAAUUGCAAAAAAAAUUUACUUCAAAUAUAGUGUCUCUGUAAUGUGCAACUGAAAUACUUACACAGAUGAGAUGACUGUUGUCUCAAGGAAAUGUUCAUGCUAGUUGGAUUCAUUGUUUCAGGAUUGGUAAAACAACAUUCCUUUGGCCCACCUUGCCCUUCCAUUUGAUGCUGCCUUUUUGGAUGUAACUGAUUGUACUUUCUAAAUAACCUGGCUUAUGAAUGAUGAGGGAUUUUAAUUCUUAAAGCAAGGUCCUAGUAAGACACACUAUAAAGUCAUGUCAAAUUAAUUAUUUUGAAGAUCCUAAUAAAUAGUCACUGUGAAAAUAACUGCAACAAGGUAGUUAUCAAAAUACAGAGACUACUUGCUAUCACUUCACUAUCACAACCUUGUAUUCAGUGCAAUGAAAGCUACUCACCCAAUAAAGUCACUGUGGAGGUAUGAUGAUGAGUUUAUCAACAAUAAUUUUGUACCCAAACGGUGGAUAUCUUAAAAGUUUUUGAUUCUACUAAAUUCACCUUACCAAAAGAUUCUAUUUUAAUUUAUUGCUGUUUAUUUAACACUCUGUGCUGCUGCAUCUGAGACUUUGAUCCGAAGGCAGAGGCUGCCAACCAAGAUAUCUUGAAUUUUUCCAAGUACCAUACAUCAGCAGUAUUUGAUCAAUUUACUUACUGGCAAAGUCAGAGAAGAUUACUGGACAGUAAGUGAAACUUCUCUGUGACAAGAAUACAGCGCAGCUACUGCCAACAAAACUGUAUACACGGCUUUGGCAAAAGUUCUUAAGAUUUCACUGUAUACACAAGUGGGCUCAACUUCUUCCUUUAUAUCAUGUUGUAAUUUUGCUUGAAACCAAUUAACAACUUCGUUAAAAUGGGUAAUUUAAUUAAAAAAUAACAAACUUAAAAUGGGUAAUGUUAAAAUCUAAAACCAUUUGCAAACAAUGAUUUUUAGUGCAAACUGAAUUUAUACUUGAACCAUCAAAAGGCUGUUCAAACCAAGUGUUUAAAAAGCAGUACAGGAAUUCAGACAGCAUAUUCACAACUAAACUGACAUGAAGAGUAACAAAAAGUAGAUGCUACUUAGUACCAAACACUUCUAUUCUGCUACCCUCUCUUUAUCUAAGCUUGAAGACUUUGACAUCACACACAUUUUACUCUCUUCCCUCCAUCUC